AUGGACACGACUGAUGGCAAUGUGGAGUAUGUGUUGCGGAAGGGCAAGAGGACCAGCGCUUCCUUCUUGAGACGCGAGUGUCUCAACCCGUCUGCCACUGAACCCAGUCGUCAACUGUUGCCACAAAUCUGUUGCGUUGUCUUUGAUGUCCGCAAAUCCAUCGCCGAUUGGGAUACCAUUGACUGGAUCUCAUGGAUGAUCGCUGGCGGCACCACUCCUGACGAGUUCGCAGUGGAAGUGAAGAAGUACGACAACGCGACCAAAUGCGGACUCGUGUGGACGGCCAACUUCGUGGCGUACCGGUGCCGCACGUGUGGUAUCUCCCCCUGCAUGUCGUUGUGCGCCGACUGCUUCAAGAAGGGCAACCACGACGGCCACGACUUCAAUAUGUUCCGCAGCCAAGCCGGUGGUGCCUGUGAUUGUGGCGAUGACUCCGUCAUGAAGGAACAGGGCUUUUGCGUCUAUCACGGCUCUAAAAGUCAGUAUGACGUCCCUCUGCCUCCCGAUGACCUGUUAUGUGUGGCCACAGCUAUAAUGCCUCGAGUCAUACAGCGACUGAUAAUGCAUUUACGCAAAAACAAUAUCGACGCAAUGGAUGAGUCGGACGUCUAUAUCAAGGAUUUACUGUUAAAGUUGACGGAAAUGGGGGCCGCUAUGAGGGCUGUUUUAAGCCAAGCGCUAACUGAUCCCAAUUAUUAUUCUAGUCUGGCAUUAGGCUGUGAUAAUAGUGAUACGGAGAGGGCUGACCUUAUGGUACAACUCAAUGACAACUAUAACUCAGCCAAACGCUCGAUGGCUCACUUCAGAGUACCCGUCGAUUCGGAUGAGUUUAAACUGGUGUCCAACAUCAUCUCUUUUCAAAACGAAUUAAUUCAUAAAACAUUUCUCGAAGAACUCUUGUUUUGGACAAUAGUGUAUGAAUUUCCUCAGAAAUUGGUUUGUUUUUUGUUGAAUAUGUUGCCCGACGAGAGGUAUAAGGAAGCGUUUGCCCAGACUUUUGUCUACCACUACAGUCGCAUUAGUAUAAUGUUGUGUCACUCACGAGGUGUGGAGCGAAGUUCGCGAUCAAAGGACAACCAGAACGACAUUCUGUCCAAUUGUGUGGUCCACGUGUCGGUGCAACUGUUCAGUAAUGAGGAGUUGGCCACCAAGUUGUGCCAAACCACUCAAUUGCUUUAUGUGAUAGUAAUUAGUCUGAAAUACCCGAUCGAAGGGUGCGCUCACGAGACCGAAGACAUGUCGGGAAUCCUAAUGUCGAACCCAAUGCAAGACCCCAAGAAGAACGCACAUAAUGUCGUGCGAUGUGAUCACCAGAUACUCAAAGAGCACUGGUAUUGGCCUAUUGUCAGUGACCUCAACAAUGUGCUGACACACCGACCUGUGGCCCAAAUGUUUAUGAAUGACUGCGCGCUUCUGGACCUGUGGCUCGAGUUGAUAAUGGCUUUCCAGGGCAUGAAUCUGAACCAUCGCGAACUCAGCGAACACGUCGAGUACGAGAACAACGCCUACUACUCGGCCUUCAGUGCAGAACUAGAGAUAUGCGCCACUCCUAUGUGGACACUCAUCUGUCACCUCAAAGACUCGGAAUCGGCCGAACAGUGCAUUCAAAUUAUAAAACACGUAAUGCAUUGGUUGAACACAUGGUUUGAAUUGAUUGCUUUCGAUAAAGAUGACAUUCCUAACCCCAUGCAGUCCACAUUUCACAUCCCAUUGCACCGGUAUCUCUCAGUGUUCAUACAGCACGCCGUGAGCUACCAGAACGUGACACUGGAGCACAUCCUUCCGAGUGAAGAGUCACUGAAACAACUAUUGGCUCAUCCCUUACAAACUUUGGUCUCAUUCUAUGAAAUUCUUUGUGGUCUUUGGGUUAGAAAUGGAGUACAGAUCAAAGGACAAGCCAUGACAUACAUUCAGUGCCACUUUUGUAACUCAAUGGUCGACUCGGAUCUCUUUCUCAUACAACAAGUGGCCACUCAUGUGGACUCCGAUUGGUUCAUUCAAACUGUGUUCGAGAGAUUCCAUGUGUGGGACUGUCUCUCACUGUCCAUAACCGAUACGAGCGCUUACAAGGGAUUCCUCGAAUCUGAACAAAUUCUGCCUAUGCUUGAGUCGGCCCUCACACACAUCGCAACCCUGCUGUCGGUGCACAACAAUCUCGGAAUGACUGAAGAACAGGUGACUCGCAAAGAAAUGGUUGCCCUUUUGGCUAUGGGAGACAAAACUCAUUCGCAACUAUUGGAUCUGUUGCCCGAGAAGUGUGGCACUCAGUCCUCACAGAACGCCUACUUUGAGUCAACUCUCAAUAGGAUCGCUGAAUUCAAAUCACCCAACGUUGAGGUCGGCGGCAGUCUUGUUCAGGGCCAGUUCUAUCCUAAGGCUGAGGUGUGGACUAAUGAAUACGAUCCCAUUCACGUCCUUUUAAGAGCCGUCCACAGAAGGGACUAUCAGUCAUCGAUGGAUAGAUUCGCACAAUUUGCCCGACAAAGUGGCAAAUUCAAGGCAUCAUCUCAGCCAUGGCCUCCCUUUCACAUCCCACCCCCCGUUGACAGCAAUAAGUUUGUAGACCCAAGAAAACUACUUCACAGCAAAGUAUUGCACGGAAUUAUAUUCACUAUUCUAUAUAAAGCUGUCUAUUGUCACGAAAUGCCCGAUCAAAUUCUGGCCCUCACUAUAUAUCUGUUAGAUAUGGCAAUCCGUUUCCCAUCUCCCGUCUCGUCAAGCAAUGAGUCGAUGCCGAUGCCGGUGCCGGUUCCCAAUGAGGUGCAUGACCUGCAAUUCAGUGAAUGGUUUGCCUCCAAUUGGAUUAUGUCUAGUCUUAUAACUCCAGUCAAGAGCGUUAAGUUACCAGAAAGACGCGCAUCGCUUGACGGCGCCGUCGAAGAGAUGGAUAUCGACCAACACUCAGACGAUAGUCCACAAGAGGACCAAUUCAUGAGUGAUGAGGACGAGCAGCCCUAUGAAGUGCACAGUCCAGCCACCAGUGAGCCGGGAGAGGCUCGUAGUCUCGAGUCGUCUGUCCAAAGGCCACAAUUGCCUACCGUAUCAGUGCCUCUGGCGUUACUGCCGCCGCCCAACUCGACCACUGCUUUGGUUCCCCUUCACUUAGAAAGUCGUCAAAUGACUGCAAACACAAACGUUAUUCACUCCAGUGAUCGAUCGCGACUUGUUAGCAGUGAUACAGUCCCUGAAACCGGUGUUACCAAUGCUUCAGAUGAUAUGUCAGUCGUGGCCUCAUCUAUAGGUCCCGCGAGACUUCGCUCUCGUACUCACCGUUUAAGACCCGUUCGAUCGACUGACCAAAGGAUGGUGUUAUUGAGUCGCCGACGCUUGGGACGGGUGUUCGACUCGACUAGCAAUCAGUCGGCAAGAAUGGAGUUGAGUCCCACUUCCAUGUGUGCCAACCCUCACUUAGGUGUCAAUGAACUCAUCAGAGCUCUGCCUCCUUCUGCUGACGUCUCACUCCCUAUUAAUGAGACAAUUAUUUCAUUGCUUAUUAGACUUCAUUCAAAACUUAGUGGACGACCCGACUCUUAUAAACCAACCAAAAGUGAUCAAUCAGUUGACAACCGCGUGGGCGACGGCCCCUUCUUUAUUGAACAAUUGCUAAAUCAAUUCAUUCAGUUGAAUGUCACCGGCGAAGACAUUAUUAAUGAUAUUCGCAGUAAAAUUUGGACAAAACAGACACCAGAAAAUCAAAGCUUUGAUAAUAAUUGUCCUAAAAGUGAGGACUUAGACCGAGAAGAGCGCAGACGUAAAGCUCGUGAACGACAACAGAAACUAAUGGCUGAGUUCGCGUCCAAACAAAAGGCUUUUAUGAAGAAUAUUGAGAAUGAAAUCAAUUGCAAUGAUUGCAACGAUGAACACAUGGCCGGCAAGUCGACCGACACUUCAUCUGCAGAUUCGAGUCCAUCAUUGCUUGAGUCUAAGGAAUAUGAAUGUGUGAUAUGUGGACAAAGUGGGCCCACAACCAACAACCAGCUCUUUGGACAGGUAGUUCUCCUCCAGUCGACCAGUGUUUUGGGUCACUCUUGUGUUGGCGACACUAAUCCCAAACUCGCCAACUCUGAGGAGGAAGUGGUGAGUCUGCAAAACGUGCAAACUUUGGCCAAAUUUAUGGAGGAGCGCAUCGAUGAGAUGGACAACUAUUUCGAUAAGAAUUCUUGGCUCAACUCAUUCAACAUCGGUUGGGUGGGAGGCGUUCACGUGCAGUCUUGUGGCCAUUACCUGCAUAUUGAUUGCCACAAGUCUUACAUGCAAUCCUUGCGUGGAGUACAACAGGUGCACAACCGAUACGGCAUAGAACAGGGAGAGUACUCGUGCCCCCUGUGUCGCCAAAUGGCUAACAGUGUUUUGCCAAUCAAUCCAAGUAUGGGUGAAAUCGGUGCUAUUGUCAAGUGUCGACCCAAUGAUAUCAAUGCUGUGGCCCUCGAGAUCCGUCAUUUGCUUUGCAAUGUCUCUCAUCCAGACUCGGAAUUUCUCAAACUAUUAGGUAAUGCCGUCGAGGACUUGACCAAAGCAACCGGUCCUCAGUACCGAAACAUCCGGGUCUCGCCCAGCCAUCAGAGCUUAUUCUUGUUUCUGUGUUCUAUCACAAGAACUAAUCUCGAAGCGGAUCUACUCAUGAAAAUGAGUCAAAGCAGUGCCUGCGGUGCCAAAAAGUCAUGUUUUGUGCCUUUGUUUCAUGUGUUGGCUUUGAAUGCAAAGGUUGUGAUCACUACCCCUUAUGACAACCUGUGGUGUCAAUUGACUGGACUGACAGCCGAACAAAAUAACUUAAGUCUAACCACUAUUGAGAAGGAAGUGCCGCUUUUUCUGAGGGACGUCUCUUCUCUUCUCAUUCAAAUUUUCUAUGCCUUACCUCUCAAUGUAGAUAAAGCAUACUUCACAACUGUAGUGCAGACUCUCAUGAAUCUGAGACUAAUGCAGGCAUUGGCUCAGUUGUCGGCUCUUAUGACUGAAAGCCAACGAAUACAACUGAAGGAACAUUCACUCGAAACACAUAACACUUAUAUCCGUGACUUCAAUGUAUUGACCAUUCAAUUAGCUUUUAUUAUCGAUCACUUGGAGUGCAGUUCUCUUUACCAUAAUCUAGACGACGAAACCCACACAAUGAAGAAUAAGUUUUGGUCCGAUAGUGAACUCGAAGACGCUGUCAUCAACUUAUGUCUACCAUUCCUGCGGUUGGCUUCCAUGCUAUCUCAUCAUCUCUAUAGCGAAUCACUUCCCACUUUAAGUGAUAAUAAGAAUGAAGAGUUCAAUAGUUUGGUCCGUUUCUUGUCAUUGGGCCCAAUGUCGAGCAAUAACUGCAAUCAACACAACUCACUCACUAAUUGUUUGAACUGGACGUGCGAACAGCCUAAGCAACUGGUGCGCACCUGGUGUCAAGAAUUCACAAACUUUGCCUCUAAUUCAUUGAUCGGCGCCCGGAAACUGUUAAGAAGUCCUCCACUGGUGUGGAAGAGACCGUCACUCCUACGACUACCGGCUCUAUACGAUCAGCUCUUUAUGUUCUAUCAUCAGAGGCAGUGCCGCUUCUGUAGUAAAGUGCCUAAAGACCCGUCCAUUUGUCUCAUUUGUGGCACUUUGGUCUGUAUGCGAGAAAACUGUUGCCGUUCAGAGUCUUGUUGGGAAGCAGUCUUUCACUCAAACAUCUGUGGCGCGGGAACUGCCAUUUAUUUGGCCUGUAAUUCAUCGACAGUGAUUGUGAUCCGAGGAAAGCGCGCCUGUGUUUGGGGUUCAGUAUAUUUGGAUCACUUCGGCGAAGAAGAUCGUGAUCUCAAACGCGGAAAACCUCUUUAUCUAAGCGAACAGAGGUAUUGGAUAUUAGAGCAGCAAUGGCUCACUCAUAGCUUCGAUCACACCAACAAGCGGUGGGUCCUUCACAAGGAUAUGCUAUGAAUAUAUCAAUAGUCAUUGUAAUCAAUUGGACAACACAUGACCGAAUGGUGCCAUUCAUUCUGACAACUCUCCACAAAUUGCUUACAUUUUUCUUGCAAUACUUGAACUGAUUUUCAGUGUCCGACCCAUUCUAUAGACUGAGGUGUUGUUAACUGUUGACUGUCUGUCUUAUAAAUUGCAUCAAAUGGAGGCAACUGUGCGAUUCGGACCACCAGACUAUGAGAGCAUUUAGCAAAAUGACAAUUAACUUGAAAUAAUGUGAUACAAUUCCCAUUCAAUCAUUACACAAACUGUCAUAUUUUCAAUUGUAUGCAUAAACUAUUAAAAUUAUCAUUACAACUAUUAAAUAACUAACUUUUCGUACUUUUAUACCGUUACUGUAUUAUACAGUUUUGCUCACUUUACAAUAUCUCCAACAAUAAUAUCAGUGCA